UAUGGCAUGUUCCUUUGCAGAGGAGACCUAAACAGAACAUCUUGUUCAGAGUGUGUCAAUGCCACAACGUUAGAAAUCUAUGAAUCCUGCUUUUAUCGUAAAACAGCUUUGGUAAUCUCUAACGAGUGUAUAGUUCGGUACUCGAACACUUCUUUCUUCACGCUCGUAGAGGAUGUUCCUAAUACCGCUAGAUACUCUCCGGACAGUUCUUUGGAUUCUCCGCAAUUUUUCAAUCGAACACUUCCUGAAAAACUAGACGAACUUAUCCUCAGAGCAUCCUUGUCUUCGUCGUUACCAGUUCCAUAUUUUGUGGAGGAUAGAGAACAUGUGACUCAGUUGGAAGGUUCGUAUGAUUUACAUGCAAUGGUCCAGUGUAGUCCUGAUCUUGAUCCAAGAAACUGCACCGUCUGCUUGAACCUUGCGGUCCAAAGACUCUCGGAGUGUUGCAGCCAU